CAGAGCGCAGAAUGCGCGUAUUUUGAACUGUGUACGGUUGGACCGGAGUGAGAGCAAGAGACGCAGCUCGUCUCUUUGACAGGUUCUGUUUGUUUUACACUGUUAAACCGAUAAACGCAACAAGACCUGGGAUUUAACGAUGAGAAAGAGCGAGGUGCUCGCAGCAGAGGCUGUGUCGUGCUUGAAUAAAGCGCUGUGCCAUCUGAAGGACAUCUGGGAAGAGAUCGGUAUCCCGGAGGAUCAGAGACUACAAAGGACUAAUGUUGUCAAGAACCACAUUAAGAAUUUAUUGGAUAUGAUGAUCAAAGAAGAGGAGUCUCUGAAGAAGAGGCUCAUAAGCAGCAUUCAGACAUGCAGGACAGAGAUGGAGAAACUCUGCCUGGAACUUCAGCUUCCUGUGUUUGAGGAAGAGGAGGGUAUUAGCAUGCUCCAGCAGGAGAAGAACAUCCGCACACAGGUUGAGGCUCUGACAAAGGAGAGGACUCAGCGGAUGCAGCAACUGAAGGCUCUGCUGGAGCAGGACCAGGACUUGUGUGACAUCCUGUGCUCCAUGCCGUAUGGCAUUGCUCCAGACUCUGUCCCCUCAGUGGAACAACUGGAGGACUUCCGCCAGCACAUCACCAACCAGAACACAGAAAAGGCAAAGCGGUAUGCUGAGUUCAUGGACCUCAAAAAGCAGAUCAUUUUGUACAUGGGGGAGCUGGACCACAUCCCUGAGACCAGUUUUGAGAAGGAUGUCGUCUGUGAGGAUGAGGACUCUUUUUGCCUUUCCAGAGAUAAUAUCACAUCACUCAAACUGCUGGUUUGUCAGCUGGAGGAACGCAAAGCAGAGAACGAGAUGAUGUGUGAGACUCACCGAGAGAAGAUUCAGCAGCUGUGGGACCGACUGCAGGUUCCCCAGGAGGAGAGAGAAGUCUUCAAUGAACACAUGGUCACAUCAAAGAAGAGGAACCUGGAAGCGUUGCAAGCAGAGGUUCAGCGUCUGGAGGAGCUCAAACUGUUAAACAUCCGCAACGUCACAGAAGCCAUCCGUUCUGAGAUCGCUGUGUUUUGGGAAAAGUGCUUCUUCAGCAUUGACCAGCGACAGGCUUUCACACCAUAUUUUAGCGAGGACUUUACUGAAGAGCUGUUGAGCCUGCAUGAUGCUGAGAUCCAGCGCUUGAAGCAGCAUUAUGAGGAUCACAAAGAGCUUUUUGACGGGGUUCACCGGUGGGAGGAAAGCUGGAGACUCUUCCAAGAGCUGGAGAAGAAAGCCACAGAUCCGACAAGAUUCACAAACAGAGGAGGGAAUCUCCUCAAAGAGGAGAAACAGAGGUCAGAGCUGCAUAAAAGCCUGCCCAAGCUUGAAAAGAAAUUAAAAGCCGAGAUUGAUGCGUGGGAAAGUGAACAGGGUCGGGAAUUUCUAGUAAAUGGCCAGAAGUUUAUGCAGUAUGUGGAAGAACAGUGGGAGCUGCACCGAAUAGAGAAAGAAAAGGAAAAACUGGAGAGGCAUCUCAAGAAGAGCAAACAGACUGAAGAGGACAUGCUGUACGGAACAUCAGUACGGACUCCGACCAAACGCAGAUUCCUUGGUACCACUACACCGAAUAAAUCACGAAAGAUGUUUAACGCAACUUCCAGUAUUUCUAGCGCCACUUCUAACAGCACCAUGCGCUCUGUCUAUGGUGGAACUCUCUGUCGCUCACCUGUGCCCCGCCCACCUCUGUCAGCAAACAAGGGUCUGGCACCACGGACGCCAGGAGGCAGUAAACCCCCCCACCCACGACUACAGGGCUGUAACAAGGAGAACGAGGCUCAGUUGAAGGGGACUCCUGUGAGUGGUGCGUUGCUGACAUCCGCUAGUCCACAGCGUAACUUCAGCAUAGCCUCUGUUGCCAGCACAUAUUCAGAGUUUGUGAGGGACUUGGUCAACACUGAAUCUGUUCAGUCAAGCGAGACCUGUCCAAGGCCUCUAACGCCAAGAUCCAGCACGACGUCCUGAGUUCAACCAUUACCAACCUUUGACCUCUCCACACUGAUGAUGACUGCGUUAGCUAAAAUAUCAUAGUCCAUCCAAUGAAGUUCUGAUCACCUACAAAAUGGAUCACUACCUUUCACUGUUCUCUGCUUUUAUAUGUAAAUGAAGGUAAUAAUAUAUUAAGUGUUGAGUUUGUGAUGAACAAGGAACAAGGUAUCAGUUGUCAGUUACUGAAUCUUUGCCCAGUCUAUCACUGUAACAGAACAAAAAAUGCUUAU